GCUCUGUAAACUCUUCUGCUAUAAAUGAAGUUUCCGCACCAACCUUUAAACCCCUGACGCAACCAGAAUGAAGUUCACCAAACCCCUCACAACUUUCUUCCUGUUUCUGAUUUUGUGCUCUCUAUUUUCUGGAAAUGCACUUGCCCACACAGUCAAUUUUUACAUAGGCAACAAAUGCCCAUUUCCAAUAUGGCCUGCAGCUGCUUCAAACACCGGCCAGCCAGUUAUCGCAGAAGGCGGCUUCUACCUACCCUCUGGUCACACCCAACUUGUCCGAGCACCGUACUCUUGGAGUGGCCGGAUUUGGGCUAGAACUGGAUGCAACUUCAACUCAAAGUCCAACUGGAACCGAGCCUGCGAAACUGGGGACUGUGACGGACGACUAGCGUGUAAUGGACUUACAGGCCUUCCCCCUGUCACCCUUGUGCAAUUUUCACUGCAGGGAGACAAGGGGAAGCCGAACUUCUACGAUGUUAGUUUGGUUGAUGGAUACAACAUUCCUGUUCUUGUGUCUGCAAGGGGAUCCAGCUGCACCUCCAUUGGAGGCUGCCUUAAGAAUUUGAACAGAAUGUGUCCACAAGAGCUGCAGGUGGUGAGUAAUAGCGGGGCGGUCGUGGCAUGCAAGAGUGCUUGCUUGGCUUUCGACCAAGACAUUUUCUGCUGCAGGAAUCAGUAUGGAGUCCCUGAAAAGUGCAAGCCGAACACAUAUUCAAAGAUUUUCAAGGAUGCUUGUCCCUCUUAUUAUAGUUAUGCUUUUGACACGCCACCGCCGCUGGCGAGUUGCACGUCCAACGAGUAUGUGAUUACUUUCUGUCCAUCCAAAUGGGGUGAUGAACACAUGCCAAUGUAGAGUGUGUGCAGAGGGGACUGUUAAAAAGUAAAUUGUAAUUUUAUUAAUGUAAAUUAAAAAAAUAGAAGUGUGUGGAAAUGUGAAGAAUUGUUUAGAAAGUGAAGUGUGUAGAAUUGUAGAGAAUGAAGUUUGUGGAAGUGCGUAAAAUAGUGUGGAAGUAUGUAGAAGAUGGAGAUAUCAUGCCUAUAUAAAGGCAUUGAUGCAAUUCAAUCGAGUGCAAUGAAAAAAAAAAAAAACAGCAGCUCCCCUUUCCUAUA